CAUUCAUUCAUGCAUUCGUAUCUGAAGAGAGGAGAGGGAAAACGAUAAAAAAAAAAAAGAAUCAUUUUUUUGACAAGUCAAGUCCUAUCUGUAAUAAUCCUUCACAUACUUAAGAGUUAAAGAGAUAGAAGAUCAGUGACUGAAGAAAGAUCACUCAGUCACUCACACACCUCUGGAGUUUAUACGUUGUUGUUCUCAGCUUGGUGAUACAAUGGGUGCUUCUGGGAGAUGGAUUAAAGCAUUGGUUAGUUUCAAUAAGUCAAUGUCUUCUAACAAGGAUGAUCAAGUGAAGGUUGCAAGCAAAAGCCGGUUUAGGAGAAAACAUUCAGUUGAUUUAGACGCUGAGAAGCAGCUUCAUGAAGAUGGAUUUGAAGAUUCAUAUGCGCAUAGUGUGAUAGAUGAUACUGGAGUCUCUACUUCAACUUCACUACAAUCCUAUGAAGAGCAAAGGAAGUCACAUUAUGCUGCAACACGCAUUCAAACAGCUUUUCGAGGCUUUCUGGCUAGAAGGGCUUUACGAGCGUUGAAGGGAUUGGGUAGACUUCAAGCCCUUGUUAGAGGACAUGCGGUGAGGAAACAAGCAGCUGCGACGCUUCGGUGCAUGCAAGCGUUAGUGAGAGUCCAGGCUCGUGUACGGGCAAGACGUGUUCGCCUCGCCUUGGAGAGUGAAACGCGUCAGAAACUAGAGCAACAGCUAGCAGAUGAAGCCCGAGUUCGAGAAAUUGAGGAAGGUUGGUGCGAUAGCAUUGGUUCUGUUGAACAAAUCCAAGCAAAGCUGAUAAAGAGGCAGGAAGCUGCAGCCAAGCGUGAGAGGGCUAUGGCUUAUGCUUUGACUCACCAGUGGCAAGCAUGGACUAGGCAGUUAUCUGCGGCGUACAAUGGCUUUCAACCUGACAAAAACAACUGGGGAUGGAACUGGUUGGAAAGAUGGAUGGUUGUUCGUCCAUGGGAGAACCGGUUUCUUGACAGUUACCUCAUGGAGGAUGCGCAAUUAGUAGGAUCUCAGUCAGUUAAAGCCAACCGAGCAGGAAAACUCACGCCAACGUCUCAAAAAGUAGCAGUUGAAGACAACUCUGCCCAAAACCAGAGAAGACGCAACUCCGAACCAAUAAAACAGAGGCUUGCAUAGAGCCCUUUGCUAGAGUCUCUGUGAAUCGUCACCCCAAAUCUCUCCCCCCUCGUCCCUGUACAUACACAGCUUCUGAUAAAACAUGGGAGAAUGAACCGUGCUGAUCAGGCUCUUGCCAAUGUGUGUAUAUAUAUAAUACGUUGUUUUGUAUAAGUAUAUUAAACUAUCAUAAUAAGUUAUUACAUAGCUGAUGAUCUCUCUUUGUAAAGACAAAGUGAAAGAUACAUCAAAGUGGAGGGGCAAACACUGGAAGCUGGUGUGAGGUGGAAUCUCUUCUAUAUCUUGCAUCUUGAUGAUUAAGUGUCGAUGCCAAUCUGUCUUGUCCCUCUCUUACUAAGCCCCCUUCACUUCUCUUGUUAUUUCUUGUCGGUAUAUUAACCAGAGGUCCUCCAAAGAAGAUAGAGUCACCUGUAUAUAUCAGUCUUCUCUCGCCUUGCUGCUGAGGAAGAGGAGCCUUUAGGGAUGAUGAUACAGAAGAUGAAUCUUGAGGUGGGAGAAUGGUUCUUGGAUUCCUACUGCGGACUUCAGGCAUUGUCGUUACAAGAGCUGAUGAUACGUAUCUCCCAGCUUCAGGAUCCCAAACAACUGAUGAUGUCUUUCUCACAUCUCUCAGAAGAGAAGUUGAAGGAGCAGAGAGAAACAAGUGUCCUCUGUGCAUGUGAUGUGUUGUUGUUGCAGAGAAGAGAUGGCCAUUUACUGUAGAAUAUUGAGGGAGAGGAGCAAGUUUGACUGACUCUUCAUGAACAUGUCUUGGACUACUUUGACUUGGUGCAGCAAGCGAGUUUCUAGAGAGAGAUGACUCUAAAUCAUUGUUCCGUAUCUCUUUCCUUGCAGCCACUUGUGCAGCUGUGCUUAUGACACUAACCGUGCCAAUGGAACUAAGUUCAUAAUCAGGUAAAUGGGGAUUGUCUAUUGGUCUUAGGACAGAUGAAGAUGCUCUGGCUCUAGCAGCUGCCCUUGCAGCUUCAUUUGCGUCCAGCUUCGCUAGCUUCCAUGCACUGCGUUUGACUGGUCUUUUGGGAGCCUUGAUGCCUCUCUCUGCUGCAUCUGGAUCCACGGUUGACGGGACCAUGUGAGAGUCUAGUUGGGGAAUGACUUCAUCCUGAAAUAGAAAUAACAAGUGUUGAACUGGUGUAAGUCAAUAAAUGAACCGCCACCUUUAAAGGUUACAAUAUAGGGAUUGAUUCCAUAGAUAAUAUAUAUGAGCCAACUAAUGCAAACAAUAUACUCUUUUGGAGUUUACCUGAUUAUCAAACACUCUAGGUGGAGUGCACCAGACUCCCUUUUUGUAUGAUAGACCGAGAGAGCUUCCACCACUAAAGCCGGUUGUGGAAGACAGCACACUCUGAAUCUCCUCGUCAAAAGAUACUCCAGCUUCAGCUUCGCUUAUGGCUCUCAUUACCAGUAAAUAAUCAUAUGUUGUAAGUCCCUAUCCAUAAGAAUAAGACAAGCUCACAUUGAUCAUAGUGGAACAUUUCCAUCAGCAACAAAAACAAUAAACAACAUAAUAAACAUAGUAAGAGCGAGCUUCUAUUCUAGAGCACCUUUUUAAUGAGCAACUUGUGGAAAAAGAGAAGUUGGCUCAGAUGAUAAAAUGCCGGAAUGGUAACAACAGUGCAAACACCCUAACAUAACUCGCCAGAGACAAACAUUAGGAACAAAACACCACAGGAGCUUGUUAUUAUCAUCAAUUAUGCCAAAAGCAACGAAUGCUUACAACAACUGCCGCAAGAGCUGCUCGAGAGAAGCUGCUUCCGAGUCUAUUGACAAUUUCUGUCCCCAUUCUCUUCUUAUCAGCAAAUACACGCACAAUCACUCCGACUCCCACUGCUGCUUCAAUAAUGAGCUGAUGAGGUUGAAAAGUAUAACAUAUAUCUAUUAUUAACGGUUUAAGUGAAAAGAAAAAUAAGUUCAUUAAGAAAGCUUAAUUACAUACCCAAAGAAGGGUGGCAGUCAUCAGCGAAACAAAACUCAUGUAGUUUCUGCGGCCGACACAAUUGUUAAGCCACUGUAAAAAUAUCCCCAGACAAAGUUAACCUAGUUGCAAAAAAAGCAUCAGAUAAAAAGUUUACCUUGCAAUGGUGAUCGAAACCAACAACACAUUUGUCACAGCUCCUACAAUGCUUGCUGGACUUAUGUACCUGUGACUCAGAACAACAAGUCUUACUUACACAUCUAAAGUCUAAAGAGCAUACAUGUGUACACAUGACAUACACAUCAAUAGGGACCAUGUUACUAUUUAUCAUACCUCAGAAUUGCACAACCUACAAUAUAGACCCACUCUACUAUUUCCCUGUUUUUCUUCCUGUUUCCAGCAGUCAUCAAGAACAAACGCACAACAGAGGAUAGCCAGAGGAUUAUACCAAGAUUUUCUAGUAACAGAGUCCACUCUUUUAUCAUCUCCUACAGAACCUCUGACACUAGAGUUUGCUGCUAAGGUAGAACUCAUUGAGACAACUGAACUAGGGCAAGACCGAAACUGACUGCCAGUUUCAUUAAAGUCCCUGGAGAUAUCUCUGGCCGAUAAGGGAUGAGGCAAGUCAAAUAUCGACAUAUCUGCAGGAUUAAUAGAAGUACACCGAACAUACAGAACGAAUACAAGAAGAGCCUGCAAACACACAUAAUCCAUCAACACACAAAGAAGAGCUUUAUGGAAGUAUAAAGCUUGAAGAACAUACCACCGGAGAGUAAACACCGAUCAAAACGUGUUCCCAAACGCGUCCUCCGGCAAAAGGAGCGAAGAAAACAUAGUAAGCGACCACCAACAAGCAAAACACAGUAACACCAAUCACCUGACAACCAAAAUCAUCAAACUAGUAGCUAUUGUCGAUCGAAACAUGCAGAAGUGAGUCCGAUUCAUUACAGUGGAGUACUACCUGAAGAGUGUCAGCGGGAAGUUGCCAGCCAUGUCUCCUCGCCAUAGCUUCUGUAGCAGCGACAAGAACAAUCGAAACUCUUAAUCACGUCACGACUGAGAAAAUGGCAGUCUUUCUCUGACUGUGGCAAGUUUAGUCAUAAUUAAGUCUGACGCAGUUAUAUUAUAUGAGGAGUUGAGGACUAACUCGUAGACUAAUUAUACUAUACAAAAUGACUCUCGUGGCAUUUUAAUAUUCUUUUACAUCUUAGAUUAGCUACUUUUAAUUUUUGUAAGUGGAAAUCUUCGAGAAAUUUUAGCGGUAAACUUUUGACAUUAAAAUGUAUGAAUUAUAAAAUUUUAAUUUUAGUGGAGUGAUAUGUAAGAAACAAAUAAAAUUUUUAAAUUAUAUUUUUAUAGAAAAACAAAAUUAUCGAUUGUACAUAAUAAUUAUAAUAUUUUUAUUAAAAUAAUAGUUUUAAACAUAUUGUAAAUAUAUGUUUUCUAUGUGUAUGUUUUUGAAAAACUCAAAAUAUAAACUAAAAUUUGUUAGUUACAAAGUUCUUUUUAAGAAAAAGCAUAUCGUAAUAAAACUGAAUGAAAUUUUAUAAAGAAAGAUAUUAUAAAUUUGCAUAAUUUCUCAAAUAAAUAGUAGAGUUCUAGAAUGCUCUAAAUACUGUAAGUUUUUGAGUUUCUUAAUUCGAUUUCGUUGAUAAUGUUCUAUAGAUUUAUAUGCAAUACAAACUAAAAUAUAUGCUAUUAAGUGUACAAAUGCCCCUAAGAAGAUAUGUUUGGGAAAUCCAUAUUUAGUUUUUGUUGUUUAAAUAAUUUAAACAAAAGGUACAAUCUUAACCGUUCAUGGACCAACCAUUAAAAGGCUAAGUCUGUUAGACCAUUAGUCACGCUUCAUCAAAUUAACAAGGAAGUAAUGGCACGCGCAACGCGUGCGCCGUGGGGAAAUAAUGGAACACAGUAGAGUAUAAUAGUUUGAAACUUUGAAUGUUUGGUGCGGAGUUGGUUUAUCCAUUUUAAUAAAUUAAAUUGCGAUUGGUAAUAUUUUUUAUCCGCAGUACAUCACAACUGAUAUUAACAAAAAUUUCUGUAUACAUAUAUAUAUAUAUAUUCAUAUUUUUUAUUAAUCGCAUCAUAGUUAUUAUGCAUUUAACAUUCAAAACUUUUGACUGUGUAUACUUUUGAUGUUUUAUGAUAUUUUAUAAUUAUUUAAAUUGAUUUAAAUCUAAUUAUAUUUUUAUUUUCAAUUUUUAUCUUUAAGGUUUACCGUUAAAUAUUAACUAUUUACUAUUUAAAUUUUUAUUUGUUCUAAAAUUAGUUAAACGAGAUUAACUUGCAUAUUCGCUAGAAAAAAAAAUAUUUUUUUAAAAAAUGAGUUUAUAUAACUAAACUGAAAUUUAGUUAUUUAAAUCUAAUUAUAUUUUUAUUUUCAAGUUUUCUCUUUAAGGUUUACCGUUAAAUAUUAACUAUUUAUUCUUUAAAAAUUUAUUUGGUCUAAAAAUAGAUAAACGAGAUUUAACUUGCAUAUUCGCUAGAAAAAUUAUAUUUUUCUAAAUGAGUUUAUGUAACUAAAGUGAAAUUUAGUUGAGUAAUUGCACGCGAUAUACACGUCCAGAAUAUUAUUUGCAAAAGUGGUAACGGCCACUGUGUGUAUUGUUCGACCAUGUCAAUAUGCCAUGAUUAUCCAUAUACCGUAGGCUUUGAAUACCUGACUCUGCUAUAGCAAUUCAUCUUUCAUUGUUUAUCUUUACCUUUUUUUUCUUUUUUUUCCGACAAAACCUUUCUUAUCUUCUUCCUUUACUUUUCGUAUCCAGCGAUCUUCUUUCUUAAUUUUAUUUUCUCCUCAAUUAAUUCUUAAGCUUCUCUGAUUUUUUUUUCUCGUUUAUUUUUCCCUCGUCUCACACUGUCUCUCUAUUUAGAUCUAUCUCUUUCAGAUCUAUUUUUUUCUCUGCAAAACACACCUCUUUUAUACGACCAUCUUUGCUAACAAUCCUCCACUUUCAUUAACAUCACUGCUUAUUCUCGACCAUCGCCGCCGUCGUAAUUUCUCUCAGAACCACCGUCGUCGCAGUUUCUUUCAAGACCACCGCCGUCGAAGUUUCUUGCAGACAACCACGGUUGCAGUUUCUUUCAGGACACCGCCGUCGCCGUUUCUGGUGGAGGAAGAAGAGGCUGAAGAACCCAAGAAGGCUCAACAAAAGAGGUUGUGCUCCGUGUCUCCUCCGAGCAACCAAACGACGUCGAAGAAGUACUUGGCCGAAGCAACGAGUUUGGUUCUCUCCCUUCAAACCAACUCCCCGUACCGCGGACUUUAAGUGGCUAUCUCAUUUCUUUGAUUCCUUCACGGAAUAUUCGGCUCCAAGUCCAACCGGGAUACCGGUUGAAAAACCUGUGUGGUUAUCCGGUAACACCCAGUGACACCAGCCUCUGAAGAGUCUUGUUUCAAGUUGCCUCUUCCAGCCAAAGCCCGUAGCAGACGGAACCGGUUUGGAGUCAAAGCCUGGUCACUGUGGCGUUCCGAAAACUCUGUAUUAUGUAUUCCUGGAUUGUGUUAUUAAUCAAAUCUUGUGUUAUGUUAUCUAGAGUUUAACGACAUACUGUAUUCUCGCUUCCAUUAUCAAUAUGUGGCUUCUUUGUACCUGUAUGAUUUCAAAUGGUAACGUAUAAAGUUGUGUUAAGGAAAUCAA